CUGCCACAGGCUUGCGUGAGCAUCUAGUCGACAAGCCGCAUCUCUUUUUGUCGCUGAUAUGAAUCAUGGCCGCCCUGCAAAAAGGAUCCGGCAAGCUUGCGAGCCAUGCCGACGCAAGAAGAGCAAGUGCUCUGGAGAGAGGCCGACUUGCGGCACCUGCUGGAGGCUUGAACAGCACUGCGUAUACUAUGGCGAACCUUUGCACCCGUUUCAUCACCCUGUUGGAGCUAUUCAAAACGUCUUCACAGUCUCGGGUUCUCCGAAUUCUGUGCAAAUAGCGAAUGAUGGGCGCAACUUGGAUGAUCGCAUGGUAACACUUGAAUCCACUGUAACCAGAAUUCUCGAUACACUUCAGUCGACUGAAGUUGUCGGUCGGACGCAAACCCAGAAUCCAUCUACGGUGUAUGCGAAUAAUACGCAUAAUGGCUCUGAAAGCGCUGAUGUGCCACCCCUUACGGUGAUGCUCAAUGGUGGAGCAGAUUCAGAGCAAGUCAGACGGCUCAGGAAAGAUGAAAUCAAAGAACUCGGUGAGACGUACUUGAUGUUCUGCGCUAACCAGCCACUGCCUCUAUUUCCUAUGGAGAACUUUCUCGAGUCGCUAUUCGAUAGGGAUGAUUCGACGUUGUCUGCGAUCAUCGCGAAUGCCCUUCGAUACUCCCGAGGUGUCGCCAGUGACACUGUUGGCCAAGGAGAUCGCGCCCUCAGGGACUCUGCGCAUCUGUUAGCUAUGAAACAGAUCGGUCAAGGCAAAGUCGACAUCUCAACCUUGCAAACGUUGUGUCUUAUCGUCUUCUAUGAUCAUUCAAGUGGUAGCCCGACAACAGCUUCCUCUAUACUAGCUCUCACAUCGAUGCUGGCCCAAAACGUGGAUUUUCGGGCAACAUCUUCAGCUCCCGAUAAUUCGGUCCGAGAAGAAACCAGAUGUUGCUACUGGAGCAUUACUUUACUCCGAAACCUAUUCGGUCUAGUCUCGCCAUUGAGUAACAUCUUAGACUCGGCAGCCCUACCUUUUCCCUCGAGCUGUUUCAUGCCAACCAGAUCCGCUCUUCGCCCUGGCUUUAGAGAAGCCUAUGAACAGUCGCAGGGCGAUAAUGGAGUCAUGAUAUUUGUCUUGGAGAUGAGCAAAGCAUGGGGCAAGGUGAUGGCUUACGUCAGAGCCUGUCUGGCGUUCACAUCUGACGUGUCCCCAUGGUUAACCACCUCCAGAUACGCAGCGGCUAUGGCAGAUGUGAUGAGCAUUGAGACUCGUUUACAGCCAUUGCACAGAUACAAUCAUAUUGCAUUCCGCGACCUGACCCUCCACGACCUUGAAGAAAGUCGCGAGUACUGGGCGCCAUGGCUCCUCAGUCGCUUUCUUUAUCAUACUAUGAUAUGCCUGCUCAAUCAUCCUCUUAUGGUAACGCUACAGCUUCAGGCCAACGGCAAUGACUCCGAACUGUUUCGAGAGCAAUCGUCCUUCUACGUCGCACGCCAUGUACGCUGGCUUUUGCACUUCAUUGCGUUCAUUGAGGCACGAUGCUUCCGCGUUACAGACCCGAUAUUGGGCUACUGCGCCGCUGUCGUUGCAACCAUUGAAUCUCAGCUCGCGUACUCCGUCGAUGAGGCCGCCGCACAAAAGAAACAACGCAACAUCGAAAGCUGUCGGCGCUUUAUACGCAGUCUUGCGCCGUCUUUUGCGUCAAUGACUGACUUGGACAAGAAGUUGGGCGAUCUGAGCCAGGUCAUCUCGACUACGUACGCAUCCAAUCUUAGUAGAUCUGGAAGUGUGGCUGUUGAUCUAUCACGACUCAGAAAUAUCUUGGACAUCUGUCCACCAUACUGCGACAAUGCUACUAUCGGGAUCUGUGACGCGCAAACGACUCCCCGGACGAUAGAAGCGGACACAAGCCCGUCGCACUGGGUUCAUUUGUCUAGAAGACCUUCUAUCGACCAGCCCGACGACAAUGGGUCGCUUGCUCAAGAUGAGGAGAUUUCACAAGCGGCUCCUCAGAGAUCUGUGUUACUGCCCCUCAAUGAGCUGAACGAAGCACCGAUACCGUCCGCUCCUCUUUCGCAGAGCCCAUCCGUAGCAGUUCCUCCUGGACUUCCUGCGGACUUAUUUUUCAACGGGAUCUCGCAGAAUGCAUUUAGCUGGUGGGAUGCGUUCGAUGCGUAUGAUCCCGAUUGCCCAAGCUUCUGAGUCUUGAGCUUUUGAAAUCAUACAGGUUGUCGAGAUUCGGUUCUGUCCAAUCUCAGACCAGACCGCGAUAGGUCUAAUGACUCGGAUUACCGAUGGUGUGUGCCGCACCAGGCCUAAGCCGGGCUAGCCGGAUAGAUCCGACGGAUGCGAUAGCGAAUCACUCAAACGCCGAACGUACGUA